AUGGAGAAGAUCAACGUGACCACCUCUGAACAAUGCGAGCGCACGCAGACGGAGCAGAGCGAGGAUGCCUCGUUUGGCUCUCCCGCGAUGCUGCAAGAAACCGUGCAGGAUGCGGACUAUCGGCUCGGCGUGCGGACGAUGCUCGCCAUCACGGCACUGGCUCUGGGCAAUUGCUGUGCUGCUUUUACCAAUUCCUCCAACACCAGUAUCCGCUUUCAAGUUGAAAGCGUAGGAGGUGCCAAUCUGGCCAGCUGGAUUGGCAACGCCAGCUUCCUUCUCACGCUGACCUUUGGUCCCAUCUUUGGCUUUCUCGGCGACCGUGUUGGCAAGAAAUGGUUCAUGGUCGGAGGCGCUGCCAUCGGCGUCAUUGGUGCCUGCUUGGCUGGCUCCGCGCACAGCGUACAGCGCAUCAUUGCAGGCCAGGUCCUGUCCGGAAUCGGAAACGCCGGCUGCAUUGUCUCCAUCGCCGCAAGUCAAGAGAUUACACCCAACAGACUACGACCAUGGGUCAUGGGCUACACUCAAGCCUUGGCCAGCUCGGCAGCCUUGCUCGGAACCUACUGCGCCGGGGCGUUCGUCAAAUACGAGAGUUGGCGAUGGAGCUACUACAUGAACGCUUUCGUCUACGCCGUUGCCGGAACGAGCAUCGCGUUGACCUACUUCCCGCCUCCACCGGCCAUUCGACGACGCGAGACACUCUCGGCCAUCUUCAGCGGCCUGGAUUACAUUGGCAUCUUCAUCCUCAGCGGAUCUCUGGCAUCCUUGAUCCUCGGCCUCACAUGGGGUGGCACGACUUAUCCGUGGGGAAGCGCACCAGUCAUCGCAACUCUGGUCGUUGGAUGUGUUGGCUUGCUCGGCCUGGGGCUGUACGAGGGGUACUGCAAGAAGGACGGCAUUUUCGACCACCGAUUCUUCGCCAACCGCAAUUUUGCAAUCCUGCUCUUCGUCUGCACCAUCGAUGGCAUGCUGUUGCUCGGUGUCAACGUCCUAUUCUCUCAGGAGAUUGCUACCCUCUUCACUACCGACUCGGUGCGCAUCGCAGUUAUACUUUCGCCCUACUUGAUCACCUCGCUCUUUGGCUGUCUCCCUGCUGGAUACUUCAUGUACAGGACCAAGUCUUAUCGCACCAUACUCGUCAUUGCCUUGGCUUGGUGCAGCCUGUUUACAGGCCUCAUGGCUCUCCUGACUCCAAGCCGGCUGACCUGGUCAUACGCCUUCUCCGCUUUAUUUGGAAUUGGCACUGCCGUUACGACGGUCAUACCUGUCGUCGCACUCGCCCUCUCCGUCCCGUCAUUCCUCCUCGGCGCCGCCGGCACUUUGAGCAUCUCAUGUCGCGCUCUCGGUGGCAUCAUCGGAAUCACAAUCUUCACCGCCAUCCACAACAACAGACUCGCAACACUGCUACCCAAGUACGUCGCUGGCGCUCUUCACGCCACCACGCAAGGCUCCGCAGCGAGCGAGGGACAGCUUUUGGGCGAGGUGCUCGGGGCUCUGGCGAAUUCUCCUCUACCACCUCCGGUCGCUCUCGAACAUAUCCAGCCUCCUUUGUCCAAGCAGGCCAUUGGAGCGGUGUUGGGGGCUUUAUCUAAUGCAGAGACCGGGGCGUGGAAGUAUGUUUGGGUGGCCAUCUCGGCGAUCGUGGCUGCCAAUGCGAUCGUGGCUUGCUUUGCCAGGCCGGUUGGGCAGAAUAUGAACCAGCACGUCGAGAGUGCGUUGGAGCAUACUGAGGUUCGGGCGAGGCAGAUGGAAAUCAAGCACGCAUCAUGA